AGCUGCUGGGCACCCCGCUGGGCGCCGGGGCGGUGGAUUACUCCCUCCUGGGCAGCCAGCCCUCCCCUUCGCUCAGCUACACCGGCAGCUUCUUCAUCAAGGCGGUCCCGGAGCAUCCCCAGGACCAGGAAUCCCUCUUCAACCUGAUGUCGGGCAUCCUGGGCAUCUCCCCCUUCGCCUCCUCCGAGGGCCACCAGAGGCACCUGGACGCUCUUUACCCCUGCCCCGAGGUGGCUCAGAGCCAGCUGGACCUUUACACCGCCUGCCAGCCCGAAAUGGACGGAUCCCCCCAAACCCCCUUCCCGGGUUUCCCCACGGAGGGUGCCCAGCCCCUCCAGGCACAGCCUGCCUUAGGAAACACCUCCCAGUGCUUCUUCCAGCCCAAGCUCCUGGACAGCAAGCAGGACGUCAAGCUGCCCUCCGAUUCCCCACCCCUGGACAAGUUUAAAGCCUCCUGUGCCCAGUGGGAGCCCGUCCCCCCGCAGCAGGCCUACUUGCCCGCUGGCUACCAUCCUCCUGAGGGCAGCAGCCAGGGGCUGUUCCACUCUCUGGGCUCCAAGAUGGAGAGCGUCUUGUCGGUCAGCUGCCAGGCAGAGCUCGGCAGCCUGGCAGAGGAUGCCUCCUGCUUCGGGACCCAUCUGGGCUUCGGCUGCGAGCCAGAAAACUUCCCGGCCCGCGGGGACUUCGCCGACGCCAAGCUCCACAGCCUCCCUCCCCCCAUGAUGCCGGAGUUCGACGCCUCUUUGGCCCAGCCCGAAGUCCUGCCGGGUCUGAUG